AUGAAAAUCCGAUCGGUGUUCGACGGCGGAGCAUUGAGAACCGAAUUCGAGAAAAUUGGAAUCGAUUCAAAGUUCGUUCCAAUCCUAUGGAAGCAUCUCUUUCUAACCCUCAGAAACAGUAACACUGAAAUCAAUUCACCAUGUGAUUGGGAAUGGGAAAAACACGUUCCUUCUUUGCCUUCUUCAGCAUAUUCAUUCCUUCGUUCAAAUUUCAAAACUCCUCUCUCUUCUACUCUUCACUCCGUUUUCCACUCUUCUGAUAACCUCACUUCAAAGCUCCUCAUCAAGCUUCAUAAUGGAGAAUUUGUGGAGGCUGUGAUAAUGAGAUAUGAUACUCGUUUGGGUAAAUAUGGUGGGAAACCACGUCUUGGUGGUCUCAGAGCUACUCUGUGUAUUUCUUCUCAGGUAGGUUGCAAAAUGGGUUGCAGAUUCUGUGCAACUGGAAGUAUGGGAUUCAAAAGUAAUCUAUCCUCUGGAGAAAUUGUGGAGCAAUUGGUUCAUGCCUCUAGUUUUGCACAAAUUCGUAAUGUUGUCUUUAUGGGAAUGGGAGAGCCUCUGAAUAACUAUUCUGCUGUGGUAGAAUCUGUUCGUAUCAUGACUGGGUCACCAUUUCAAUUGUCAUUGAAAAGGAUUACCAUCUCAACGGUUGGCAUCAUACAUGCUAUCAACAAGCUUCAUAAUGAUUUGCCUGGUUUGAACUUGGCAGUCUCACUACACGCACCAGCCCAAGACAUCCGUUGUCAGAUAAUGCCCGCUGCCCGUGCUUUUCCUUUGGAAAAACUUAUGAAUUCACUGCAAGAAUAUCAAAGGAAAAGUCUGCAGAAAAUAUUAAUUGAAUACAUAAUGCUUGAUGGUGUGAAUGAUGAAGAGCAACAUGCACACCUAUUAGGAAAAUUGUUGGAGACAUUUGAAGUGGUAGUGAACUUAAUACCUUUCAACUCCAUUGGUACAUUGAGUCAAUUCAAACCUACUAGUGAGCAGAAAGUGUUCAACUUUCAGAAAAUUUUAAGGGGUACCUAUGAUAUUCGAACAACUGUUCGGAAGCAGAUGGGCGAGGACAUAAGCGGUGCGUGUGGACAGUUGGUGAUUAACACACCUGAUAAGUCUCUUGGAAAUGCGGAUCCCCUAACGGACAUAGAAGAUCUUGUAAUUUGA